AUGCCUUUCCAGCCAUUCCAUCGCUCUUGUUGCGAUAUCACUGUCGAUCAGUUCGGAACUCUUCGCUGUCGAGCCCGACGCGACGAUGGCACUUUCAGGGACGCGUCCAUGGAUCUAAACGAAUCCAUCGGCAAUAUUGAUGGCUACCUUAGUUGGGCAGGACGGUUCUUCGGGCGGAGCGCCGAGGAUAUCAAGUUCGGUGUUGAGGGCGAUCAGGGUGACCAAGCCAUGCUUCGUGCUAGGGUUAUAACGGAGGAUGGAGACAAGCAAGACUCGGAAUUGAACUUGGGGGAAGAAAUUGGCAAUCAUAACGGGCAGCUUUAUCGCCGCAACUGGACCUUUUAA